AUGGCUCAACAGACGGCCUUGAUGGUGGUCAGUUCCUCACUCCGAUUCGCGGAUUCAUUAGUGUCGAGAGUCCAACACGAUGGUACUGAAAAAUCUGCGUGGAGAACCUGCUUGUUUUUUUACAGUCAAGCGGCUUUUCGGCUCAAUAGAAGCUUAGAUUCUUCCUUAGGAAGUACAGCUGAUGAUGUCCAGACAUGGCUGAGUGCUGCUGCAUCGAAUAUACGUGCAUGCCACGGUGGAUUUUUCGAUGUUAACGUGACUAGUGAUAUCUUCCCUCUGGUAAUGUUGAACAAUGUUACAGAAUUGAUAAGUAAUUGUUUGGCUGUCAACUUCGGUUUUCUGCGACAAGAAGGAAUCAGACGUGAAGGCGUGAUUAAGAAAUUUUCUGAAAGGGAGCUUUUAGCUGAAAAGCUGCUUUUAGGAAAAACACGUCUUCAUGCUUUUGGAAAAGCUGCUUUUGAGUUUUUGCCGGAAACUCAAUCUCAGACAGACAAGGUUUUGAAAAAAGAUGGGGCGCUUAUGAAACGUGCAGAUUGUGUAGUGGCUCAAGAUGGCUCUGGAAAUUUCAGGACUAUUAGGGAAGCUCUGCAGGCUGCAGGUCGAAGAACACGCAGGAUUUCGGACUUCGUUAUUCGUGUGAAACAAGGUGUUUAUUCAGAAAUCGUUGAGGUUCGACAAAGUAACAUUGUGUUGAUUGGUGAUGGUGUAGGCAAAACUGUUGUUACUGGGAACCGAAGGGUGGCGGAUGGAUUCACCCUCUACGAGAGUGCAACUUUCAAGGUCUCCGGUGACGGAUUUAAGGCCGUCGGAAUGACAUUCGAGAACACGGCCGGUGUAGCAGCAGGCCAAGCGGUGGCAAUGGCAUCCACAGCUGACCGUUCCGUCUUCUACCGCUGCUCUUUCAAAGGCUACCAAGACACACUCCUCGCUCAAUCCAAUCGCCAAUUCUACAAAAACUGCCAAAUCUACGGCACAGUGGACUUCAUAUUCGGCAACGCCGCUGCAGUCUUCCAGGACUGCACAAUCCACCUCCGAAAGCCCCAACCAGGCGGCGGCCUCGUCGUCACGGCCCAAGACCGAAACGGUCCGCACGAGAACACGGGCUUCACAAUCCACCGAGGCAGAGUCAUGGCAGCUCCAGAUCUCGCACCAUUUCCCCAAAUCAAGGCCUUUUUGGGGAGACCAUGGGGGGACUUCUCACGCACAGUGUACCUGCGUUCGACACUCGACACUCUGGUUGACCCCGCGGGGUGGUUGGCGUGGGGAGGAGCGCCUCCGAGAAGAUGUGAUACGUUAGAUUACGGGGAGUUUGAGAAUCAUGGAACUGGUGCAUCGACUCAUAGGAGAGUUAAAUGGCGGGGUUAUCGUGUUAUACGUGAUCGUCGGACCGCGGAAGCUUACGACGUUGAUAGAUUGAUUAAUGGUAAGGUGUGGCUUCCAGGCACCGGAGUGCCGUUUGAUGCAGAUUUUUGA